CUCAAAGGUGCUACCGGCUUUUUCAUAACCCUGUCGAUUAGCCAGUCUCCAAAUUCUCGAUCUUCUUCGAUUACCGCGUUCACCGCGUGACGUCAGUCCGGAGCCUCUAUUAUCCCAACUCCAAACACAAUUCUCUUAUAAGAGUUCUCUGGGUUGCAAAACUUCUUCAUAUCAACCAUCAUGUCUUUUGGAAAAAGUGUCUCCCUCUCCACCGGCGCCCCCAUCCCUCAAAUCGGAUUCGGUACAUGGCAGGCUGGGCCUGGGCAGGUCGGGAACUCAGUAAGCAGCACGAACACAUCGAUCGUCAAGCCCAGCUCACGAUUCGAUGACCAGGUCGAGAUCGCCGUGAAGAAUGGCUACAAGCACCUCGAUCUCGCGAUGGUAUACGCCAACCAGCCCGAGAUCGGCGAGGCGUUCAAAAAGCUGUUCCCCGCCGUCGCAAAGCGCGAGGACAUCUUCAUCACCUCCAAGUGCUGGAACACCUCACAUCGGCCGGAUCUUGUCGAGAAGGAGCUGGACGAGACUUUGAAGCAACUCGGACUCGAUUACCUGGAUCUCUAUCUGAUCCACUGGCCCGUCGCUUUCCAACCUGGCGCUAACCUCUUCCCUCUCGAUCCGGCCGGUCAGGGCGAAGUGGCGCUCGAUCUCGAGACCUCGCUCGUCGACACAUGGAAGGCCAUGCUCGCGCUCCCCAAGUCGAAGGUCCGCAACGUCGGUGUCUCCAACUUCACCAUCGCACACCUCGAGGGCAUCAUCAAAGCCACUGGCGUCGUCCCCGCUGCGAACCAGAUCGAGGCUCACCCGCUGCUGCCCCAAGAUGAGCUCGCGGCAUACUGUGCGUCGAAGAACAUCCACAUCACCGCCUACAGCUCUCUCGGCAACAACUCUGUCGGGGACCCGCUGCUCACAGAAAACCCGGUCAUCGUCGAAGUCGCCAACUCGAUCGGCGCUUCUCCGGCGCAGGUCCUGCUCGCCUGGGGCAUCAAGCGGGGCUACUCCGUGAUCCCCAAGAGCGUCACGGAAUCCCGGAUCGUCGCCAACUUCAACCAGGUCGCGCUCAGCGACGCGGACUAUGCCAAGGUCAACGCGCUGGGACAGAGCCCGCGGCGGUACAACAUCCCCGCCCGCUACACGCCCAAGUGGGACAUCGAUGUGUUUGGCGAGGAGUGCGAGAAGGCGACUGCGCACAAAGUGAAGAUCGAGUAGAAGUGUAAAAGUGUAAUAGCAGGCCUUGUGCGAACCCGACCAAUAGGGCCACAGCAAUUGUAUCAUCCAAAGACACGCGUUUUCUUGAGGGAGGUGAAGCAAGCACUUCGGAGAACGUCGCAUGUCUGACACGUCCGUCCUACAGUCGGACGGAGUCCUUUGUAUAUACUCGGGUAGCAACCCGUACGCCUUCAAACGUUCUGAGUUCCUAGCUAAGAGCUCUUCUGCCACAUGAGGGGAUUGCGUGUUCGGAGAGAAGAGACUGGUUGCGAGGGGUGUUACAAGCGCCAUAAGUCCAAAUCCAUGCUCGCUGAGUGUGAAUCAAGGCAUGGGCUUGCCAGUGGAUUGAAAGGCUAGUCAUGGUAUUGCCUUGUUUGUCACUGGACCCAGCGGCCCGCAUUCACGUUUUGUUGGCUUGCACCACUACCAGUGCUUGACCCUUCGUUGCUUGCGGCUCGGUGCGACUGCCAUGCGGCUGAUCAACGAAAUUGUUCACGAAUGAAGUCCCUGCAUCAACGACACGUCACUGUCCAUCGAUUUGAAGUUCCCAGCUGAGCACACUCCGAUGUGGAAUCGUCUCGUCGCCUACCGAUUCCAUGCCGCCUGCUUCGUGCCGACACAAUCCGCGAUGCACUCACUGAUAAUCUGGUUCUGCUUAUUCCGGCACCUGAAGUGAAGCAGCGGCCGUUUGCUGUUGGUUGAUGACACCCACAACCGGGCCGCACCUGUGUCCGCCGCGUUCUGCGAUAUCAUGAUCUACGUGCCACACUGCGCGGCCAACACACGGCAGA